AUCCUCUCUCGUCCUCUGCUCAGAAAGGAUAGGCAGCUUAUUUUGACAAUGCUUACAGAAAAGUGCUUGGGAUUUGUUUAUUCUGGACUAUGUCUCUGGUCAUCCUUGUUCCUGUCUUUCUUUAAAGUCUCUCAGCAGGGUGAAAGCCAGAGGCGCUUGUACAGAGAACUGCUGAGAAACUACAAUCGUCUUGAAAGACCAGUAGUGAAUGACUCCCAACCCCUUGUAGUCGAGCUCCAGCUUUCUUUGCUGCAGAUAAUUGAUGUGGAUGAGAAGAAUCAGGUGUUGAUCACAAAUGCUUGGCUGCAGAUGUACUGGGUUGAUGUUUACUUGUCUUGGGAUCAGUAUGAAUACCCAGGGGUGCAGAACUUGAGAUUUCCAGCCGACCAGAUUUGGGUACCAGACAUUCUUCUGUACAACAGUGCGGAUGAAAGAUUUGAUGCGACAUUUCAUACAAAUGUGCUGGUGAAUUACUCUGGAUCCUGCCAAUAUAUUCCCCCAGGCAUUUUGAAGAGCACAUGUUACAUUGACGUCCGCUGGUUCCCCUUUGAUGUGCAGAAGUGUGAUCUGAAGUUUGGCUCCUGGACUCACAGUGGCUGGUUGAUUGACCUGCAGAUGCUCGAGGCAGAUAUUUCCAACUACAUCUCAAAUGGAGAAUGGGAUUUAGUGGGUGUUCCAGGCAAGAGGAAUGAGAUGUACUAUGAAUGCUGUAAGGAACCAUAUCCAGACGUGACAUACACCAUCACCAUGCGCCGACGCACGCUCUACUAUGGCUUGAACCUACUCAUUCCCUGUGUUCUCAUAUCUGGCUUGGCACUGCUUGUUUUCCUUCUGCCAGCUGAUUCAGGGGAGAAGAUUUCUUUAGGUAUCACUGUCCUGCUUUCCCUGACUGUUUUCAUGUUGCUUGUGGCUGAGAUCAUGCCUGCAACUUCUGACUCAGUUCCACUAAUAGCUCAGUAUUUUGCUAGCAUCAUGGUCAUCGUUGGACUGUCUGUGGUGGUAACAGUGCUGGUUCUGCAGUUUCACCAUCAUGACCCACAAGCAGGAAAGAUGCCCAAAUGGGUCCGUGUCAUCCUGCUAAAUUGGUGUGCUUGGUUUUUACGAAUGAAAAAACCUGGGGAAAAUAUAAAGCCCCUCUCUUGCAAAUAUAGCUGUCCCAAGCACCACCUGAGCGUAAGCAGCAUGGAGAUGAAUGUACUACCUGGCCACCAGUCCAGCAAUGGCAACACAAUCUAUAGCUACCAUGGGAAGGAUAAUCCAUGCUGCCCCCAAAAGAAUGAUCUAGGUAGCAAGAGUGGGAAGAUUGCUUGCUCCUUACCAGAAGAUACUGACCUUCUUCAAAAGAAAGCUUUAACAGAUACUAUUCCAGUGAUUGUGAAGAUUCUGGAGGAAGUUCAGUUCAUAGCAAUGCGCUUCAGGAAACAAGAUGAGGGUGAAGAGAUCUGCAGUGAGUGGAAGUUUGCAGCUGCUGUCAUAGACAGAUUAUGCCUGGUAGCAUUUACCCUUUUCGCCAUCAUUUGCACAUUUACAAUACUCAUGUCUGCUCCAAAUUUUAUAGAAGCUGUUUCAAAGGAUUUUGCAUAAAGAUUUCAGAUGAGCACGAUCCCUUAGAAGUUGAUAUGCCAGUAAUUUUGCUAGAAAAUAUAACUCAAAUAGAGAAGUGUACUUAUAUGUGCUAACAUACACAGAAGGGGAUGAAAAUAAUUUCAGGAGGUAAUUAUUCCUGAUGUGAGUGAUUGUAGUUACUGAAUAGUAAACAUACUGAGCUCUGUUACUUAUUUCAUAGACUAGUGCUAUGUGUAAUUAUGUCAUGAUCUGUGACAAGUGAUAGACUAUUCAAAUCUACAGUAUAGUUAUUACAAGCUAAGACUAGUAUCAAUGUAUUACUAUGCAUUUAUGAACUUUUAGAUAUUGUUAAUAAUUUAAAUUACCAUGGAUGACUAUAAGCUUUACAGUGGUUUGUUGCUUUCAGUAUAUUUGUGAUUUAUCAUUUUUGUUUAAUGUGGCUGUCACAUUCUUUUCUUGGAUUUGAUAGACAUAUCUCCACAAUCUUAUGAUACUGUAUAUUG